AUGGUUCCAACCCUGACUGGAUUCCUGGCCCGCGCGAGUGGGCGUGGGGGAGAGGGGCGGAAGGGUGAAGGUCCAGGGGGCCCUGAACGUUGCCGGCUUGAUCUCAAUUCCGCAGACCCUGCCGCCACGCCGGGAAUCAGGAUGGAGAGUAGGUGCUACGGCUGCGCUGUCAAGUUCACCUUCUUCAAGAAGGAGAACGGCUGUAAGAAUUGUGGCCGAGCCUACUGUUCCAGCUGCCUUAGCUUCAGUGCAGCAGUGCCCCGGGCUGGGAACAGCCAACAGAAAGUGUGCAAGCAGUGCCAUGAGGUCCUGACCAGAGGAUCUUCUCCUGCCAAUGCCUCCAAGUGGUCACCACCUCAGAACUAUAAGAAGCGUGUGGCAGCCUUGGAAGCCAAGCAGAAGCCCAGCACUCCCCAGAGCCAGGGACUGACCCAACAAGACCAGCUCAUCGCUGAGCGCCUAGCACGGCUCCGCCAGGAGAAGAAGCCCAAGUCAGUGCCCUCACAGUCAGAGAUAGAAGCCAGGCUGGCCGCGCUGAGGGAUGAACCCCGGGGUCCCAUCCCUUCCACCCAGGAGAUGGAGGCCCGGCUUGCUGCACUUCAGGGCAGAGUUCCACCUUCUCAGGCCCGCCAGCCGGGGCAUCAGACACCAGACACCAGGACCCAGGCCCAGCAAGCGCAGGAUCUGCUGACACAGCUGACAGCAGAGGUGGCUAUUGAUGAGAGCUGGGAACGAGGAGGCUCAGCUACCUCUAUCCAGAAGGACCUCAACCAGGGUGGAGCAGGGGGCCAGAGCACUGGCUCCCAGGGGCAGGAUGGGGAGGAGAGCAGGCUGCUGGCUGAAGCAGCGGCCAAACUGCAGGAGGAGAACACGAAGCAGGAGCGGAUCCUGGCCCUCGCCAAGCGCUUGGCUGUGCUCCAGGGACAGGACCCUGACAGAGUGACCCUCCAAGACUAUCAUCUCCCAGACAGUGAUGACAGUGAGGAUGAGGAGAGAGCCAUCCAGAGAGUCCUGCAACAGCUCACUGAAGAAGCUGCCCUGGAUGAGGCGAGUGGCUUUAACAGCCCUGCAGAGGCGGCUCUCCAACCCAGGGCCAAGGCCGGCAGGGGAGAACCGGAGGCGCAGGCUGUGGCCCCAAGGCCUGCAGCUGAGGAAGAGGAGCUCCCUUGGUGCUGCAUCUGCAAUGAGGACGCCACCCUUCGCUGUGCUGGCUGCGAUGGAGACCUCUACUGUGUCCGCUGCUUCCGGGAAGGCCAUGAUGCCUUUGAACUUAAAGAGCACCAGACAUCUGUUUACCGCCCCUCACAUGCAGGCCAAGAGCACUAAGGAAAUGCUGGUCCUUGGGGAAGGCAGUCCUACAGGCAGUCACAUAAGCUGCAACACCCACCUCUGGUCCCAGCCUCAGGGCAUCUGAUGGGAGAGCAUGUCAGGCUAGACUGCUCGUGGGUGCACCCUUUCCUGAGCCUCGGUGUCCCUGGAAUGAAGAAAGAUUUUCCAUUGGAGAUGAUGAAUGGUGGAGCCAGAGGGAAGGCAGAAGUCAGGAACCCUCCACCAGCAAAGCCUAGACUGGAAAGACCAAACUGAAUCUAAGUAUGGGCCUUGAAACCUGCUCAAG